GCGGGGAGCAUUCUCGCUGGCAGCCCGGGCCACGGGCACUCGGAGCCUCGGCCCAGCAGCCAGCCUCCUGGAGAGAGCUCGCCGCCGUCCCCGGAGCCGCCCGCGGAGGCCAGCUUGGCGGCGCUGCCCCGCGGCAGGAGAGGGAGGCUGCCGGGGAGGAGGCGGCGAGCGAGCGCGGCAGGCGGCCAGCCGGCGCGGCGCAGCCAGGGAGCCACGCGAGCUCCGCGCCCGCACGCACGCACGGUCCGCGGCUCGCGCCUUUCCCCGCCUCGGGGCGCCCGGCCUCCCCCGCCCCCCGGCCCCGGGGCCGCUGCGGCGCGGCCGAGGAGCAGCAUGGAUCUGCGGCGCUGCGUGCAGGCGCUCCUGCUGCUCUGGCUCUCCCUGACUGCGGCGUGUGGAGGGCCCCUGCUGCAGCCUUCCGAUGGCAAGGGGCUGGAGGAGGGCAAUGUCCGCCACCUGGUGCAGCCCAGAGGAUCGAGGAAUGGACCGGGGCCCUGGCAGGGCGGUCGGAGGAAAUUCCGCCGCCAGCGGCCGCGCCUCUCGCACAAGGGCCCCAUGCCUUUCUGAAGCAGGACUGAGGGGGCCCCUGAGUGCCCACCCCCUGCGACUCUGGCUACUCCAUAGAUUGGUCUGCUUCUCUGGAGCCCUCACUUCCAUUCGCCUCUCUUCUCGCACCUGUCCUUGCUGCUGACGGUCCCGGCUCUUCUCACCCACCGGCUUCCCCGAAUGACAUGAUCCUGCCCCUAGUUCGGAUGAUUCCCUUUCUCUCCCAUGGAUCCAUUCAGCCCCUCUUCCUGGCCCAUCCCUGGACUGACUUCGGAGACCCAACACUGGAAGGCUGGACUUCUCCCUGGCCUUCCCCUUCCUCUAGUCGUCUUCCCCCACCCCCAGUCCAACAGCCCAAGCUUCGCCCAGCCCUUCCUUCCUCACCUCACUGGUGCCCUGGGGGCUGGAGGGGAAACACUCCCUUCCUUCUUCAGUGGGCUCCGGCAGGUCCCAGGCUUUCAAGUCACGUGGACCCUUCACCCGGCAAGGAGGCCCUGGUUAGACGGGCUGGGGCAUCGAUUGGGAUGCAGACCAGGCGCCUUGCGGGGUAUCGGAACGGGGCUCGGUCCUCUGGUGAGGGGAGAGGGAAAGCACUGGAGAAGAGGAAUAGCUGCUGUAGGCUUUUCCUCCUGCCGUGUUUGGCUUACCAAAGAGGCGAAGGAGAGGGGCCAUGAAGUACUUCAUCUCCUCUCUGUGUCUCCUAACACUGCCCCCCACCUCACCCCCAACUCGCUCCCUCCCUCCCGUGCCCGCUAGUUAAGCUCUCGCUCAGGAGAUGGCUCUGUACCCUCCCAGGAGCAAAAGCCAAGCAGGAGGAGUGGGUUUUUUUUUUUUUUUGCCAAGAA